CUGGGCUGGCUUGGAGGCGCUGCGAGCGGCGGAUCAGUUGGUCAGUGUUGCUGUCCUCUCAUCACCGCCGCCGCUGCCACCGCCGCCGCCGCUGCCACCGCCGCCGCCGACGCCACCGCCGCCGCCGCUGCCACCGCCGCCGCCGCUGCCACCGCCGCCGCCGACGCCACCAUCGCCACUGCCGUCGUCGCCGUCGAAGCUGCGAGCACCGCUGGAGCCAUCAGAGCUGCCACCUCCAGAGCUGCUAGAGCUCCGAAGGCGGCGAGGGCCACUGGCUCCACGUCGGCCAUCGCCACCACCUCCCCGCUCACCGCUGCGACGUGACAUCGCGAUAUGCGAGGCUGGUUGCGUCCGCUGGCUAAGCUUGGUUCGCGGUGGCGGGCGCCGUGGCGACUGCACGAUGGCAGGUAGGACGCACGAUGUCGCUGUUCACACCAAUGCAGACUCACACAGCGGCAUGUGGUUGCUCGAGCUUGCGCUUCUCGCCGACUACCUGGUACUGGGCGUGGACAAUAUCGCGGCCGUACGGAGGCGCGCUCGAGUGGCGCGUGCCGCCGCACUUGCGGCACACGAGGCUCGAUGCCAGGGCGGGCGUCGCGCGGCCGCCGUGGGGCGGUGAGCUCGACUUGCGGCCCUUCUUUGGCGUGAUGGCGACGGCGCCGCCGGUGGGCUUUGGCCGGCAGCAGUCGUCGAUCCCGCCGCGGAACGAGUUUGGCGGCAACCUCGACUGCAAGGAGCUCGUCGCGGGCAGCACGCUCUACCUGCCGGUGCACGUCGCGGGCGCGAUGUUCGUCGUGGGCGACGGCCACGCGCGGCAGGGCGACGGCGAGUGCUGCGGCACCGCCCUCGAGACGUGCCUGGCCGGCGCCUUCCGCCUUUCGGUCGUCAAGCCGUCGUUGCCGCCGUCGCUCGCGGCGCUCGAGGCGAUGCUCGACUGGCUGGGUGAGCUGCGCCCGGCCGUCGACCGUCGCGACGCGUACAUGCUGCUCUGACUCGUGCACGUGACGCAGCUCGUCAACGGCACGAGCCGCGGAUGCCACGUCGUCCUCGAGAAGCGUGCCUGCCGCCCGCCGACGGGGAGGCCGGCCCCGCCGCGGCCGUCGCGACCUAGUCCUACAGCUUUCGCUGUGUGUGUGCACCUGUGUCUGUGCCAGAGCGCGCCAGUGCAUGCACAUGCACAUGCACAUGCACAUGUGACAUGUCGGUAUACUUCGCGGGUCCUGCUUUUCUAUUCUU